AUGAAUUCCGUCGCCUCUUACCACCAUCCCCGCUCUGAGUGCUCCUCCACUCCCUAUUGCCAUCCAGAUGACUUCGACAGGAUGAUCUCCUCCGCAAAAUCAAUUCUCGACCAGGCGCCUCCCCCUACGCUUCGUGAAAUUCUUGGAGCAUACCGAUCUAAAGGCGACGGCGACCGUGAUAUGUUGCUCGCAAUGUUAAACGCCAAAGCUGCAGAGGACCAGUUUACCAUCACUCUUCCGACCAUACCGAACCUCCGACGCGCCACAUUAAUGGAAGUCAUGACCACUAUUCAUCUUACACACAACCUUCGCGUCCGUGUGAGCAACGACCUCGACGUGUGCACCAGAGCCGUGGCAGCCGCUCUCCACGUCGCCCUCCUUCGCAUCUGCCACCGAUUGAUUCAAGGUCCCUCCUCUUGGAUCAUCCACGAAAACGACGUCGUUCAUCUCAGUCACCGCAUUCUUCUCCUGCAGCCGUUUACGAAGCGUCACAUUCAUCUGAACAAUUUCCUCCCUCCCCGUAUUCAUCGUCCGACCGCAGUGACUCUGCAGAAUACUCACCGCGCACAAGAGCUUCCAUGGCCAUUGGCUCCUUGUUAUCAUCAGGGCCAAGACGAGAAAUUAACGAGGAUGCAUCCCAAGAACGGGAUUAAUUGCAGGAACCAGUUCAUAUAA